CUCACAAAAAAUCGGUUCCGUUAUUCAUUCAUGGCUUAUUAAAAAAUUGUUAAGCACGAGUGAACAUAUUCCUAUUUUAGAGGAACCACUUUGGGCCUUAGCUGAGGGUAUAAUGGUCCAAUUAAGAAAGAGUAAGUGUUAA